CUCGCCCAGCUGAUCGGCCUCGACUCCCGGUGCGGUCCGUCGGACUGUACGCGGCCGUUGAUUUGUUAUAUUUUGUUUAAAUUAAUCCAAAUACACAGUAACGGCCGCUCGUGUCCUCAUAUUUCAUUACGCUGUCUUUUUAUAUCGGGUAUUGAGUUGUAAAGCGUUUCGGGGCAAAUUAGCCGAGGAAGUCCCGCACAAGCACUAGGCCGCGAGCGGAUCCCCGGUGUUUCCUUAAACAACGCAUCACCUUCAAGUCGCCGCAAUGGGGGACACAGGGAGCGAGCGCAGCAAGCCGCCCAGUAUACCUCCCCGCUGCCCUUGCGGAUUUUGGGGGUCCAGCAAAACCAUGAACCUCUGCUCCAAAUGCUUUGCUGACAUACAGAAGAAACAACCAGACGAGGACUGCUCUCCAGAGCCCGCCCCCAGUUCCAGCAAUAGCCAAUCAGCAGUCUUCUGUAAUGAGAUGAGCAGCAGCAGUAGCCAAACCCUGUCCUCCAAGUCAGAGAGCUGUGAGGAGCCCUCAUCAGAAGCCAUGCCUCUUUCUGCACAGGAAGAAGUCACCAGUACAGACACAGCUUGCGGCACGCUAUCCACUCCUACAAAACGACCCUGUGACUCAGCCUCAGGUUCAGAGAGCGAGUCGUCCCCGGAGAAGCGUGUUCGAUUGGGCGAGGCCUCAUGUUCUGAAGAUUCUCCAAGAGCUCCCAAGCAGAAGAACCGUCGGCGGUGCCAUCGCUGCCAAACCAAGCUGGAGCUUGUACAACAGGAGCUGGGGUCCUGUCGCUGUGGUUAUGUGUUCUGCAUGUUGCACCGGUUGCCGGAGCAACACAACUGUAUGUUUGACCAUCUGGGCCGCGGCAGAGAGGAAGCUGUUCUGAAGAUGGUUAAACUGGACCGCAAGGUGGGCCGAACCUGCCAGCGCAUCGGCGAAGAGUGCUCUUGAACGCCCCCAGCACCUCCACACUCACUGCAGUCCACUUAUCCACCGAUCUGUGGUGCAUUCAUACACACACACAUACACCUAAAUCACUCAUUAGUGAUAUCUUUCUUCCUCCGUUACAUCUCAGAGGACUCCACACCCCUGUUUGACCUCUGACCUGUGACCCCUUAAGUAGCCUCAGGCUCAUCACACACACAGGCACCUGCACAGCCUUAACUUUCUGUUGUCUGCCCAUUCCUCACACACAACCCCUCACACAGUACAAAUACAGAUCAGUAGGUCAGAUUAACGUCCUUCAAGAUCACGCUCCCGAACGGUCUGUACUUUGGAGAACUGUUCUUUCUCAUUGGCUGCGAUUGACUCCAGGGGAACACAUCACUCGAUCGAGUCCUCUGGGAAUUUAUGUUCAACAUCCAAAAGUCUCCUCCAUCACACGGACAUUCACAUGACAGAGACUGACUGAGGGAACAGGGGGUGACCUGGAUCACACUGUCCCAUAAAAACCUUGGGAAAAGCCCGACUUUGCUUUUUCUGCACUCAGCGGCUCUGCCAUGGCUCUUUGAGUAAUUUCCUCUGUCGAGCUGUGACAGAGCUGUGCCUGUUUUACUCUCAUACACUCGCACUCACAUAUGCACUUACAGCCAUGUUGUCAUACAAUGCUUGGUCCAGCACAAGGGCCGAGGCAAAUCAAAAUGGUACCCUUUGUAUUGGGUGCAGUUGGGAAAGGGCCCACAGCUCGUCUGGGAACUGUAGUUCAUUCAGGUUUGAUUAAACACUCUGUAACCUCGUAAAACUCCCAUCAGACCCUUCAAAAUAUGCUCUGCCUCUUUUUAAAACAGCUGAAAAUCUGCCCUUUUUUGUCUUCACCUUUUUUCUCACUAGUUUCUACACUGUCUGUUGCCUGCUCAUGCUACUCUUUUCUUGCUAAGCUGUCUUUCUUUCUGUAUUCUCUAUAUUAUACUCUCUCUCUCCUUCCCUUCCGUGGCAUUAUUGAGGUAUGUGUUCACCACAGGUGGGAACGAGGAAGGCAGAGGCACCAUUUACCGGCGCUUUUAUUUUUAUUUUUUACUUUUGACUGGUAUUCUGAUGAGAUGUUGACAAGGAUAGAACUGAAGUAAUGAAAUGAAUAUUGUGUAUCUUAAGAAAAAUUCUUAUUUAACCUCCUUUUGUGUUUCUGGUUGACUCACACUAGCAUAGAGCUGCAUUACUUUGCCCUUUUUAGGUUAACACAAAAACAAACAAAAAAAUGACAAAGAUAUGGAUAAGAUAAAGAAUCUGUAGCCUUUUUUUUUCUUCUUGUUUUCCUUUUUUUUUUCCUCUUUUGCUGAAAAAGAAUAAACUGGAUUAGAGGAUGUGUGGUAU